GGCUCGGGGGCCAGCUUUGUCCCUCCAUACACUCUCUAGGUAUCAACUAUCAUGAUACCUCUGGAAAGUUAACAUCGUGCAACUACCGACUUGCCUAAAAUAGAACAUCUCGACAACCAUCUAUUUCCACCAUUUCCGGCUUUCUCCCCUUUUACUCCUUCAACUUAUACUCUUAUUUCCUUGUCCCAUGUAAACACUCGCCACGAUGCGACCGCUUUCUGGUGAUGACGCCCAUGGGCGUGCCUGCACUUCGGAUCCCGAUGGCUUCUCGACCUUCAGACUCCCGACCGCACCGCAGAUGACGUAUAUGCUGGGUGAUGAGGCAACCAUCGGCUCAUCGUCCCAAAUCCCGCCAGCGCCCCAGCGCCGCGUAAAAGAGCAAAGGGCCGCCCCAUAUACCGAACACCCCGAACACUCCAAACCUCGAGUCCCAACGCACCACGACUUCGAAAGAAACAAAGAGUCCAAAGCCCGACCCACGAGCUCCAAAGGCCCCGUCGACGCGCUCCGACACGAAGACUACGACGCGCCACGGGCCGUCUCACCUUUUCCCCGGUCAGCCGACACCCCCAGUCUCUCGCAGCCUCUCACCCCAGCCUUGCUCGGCGCGUCCGGCCCUGCGUCCGCCCUCAGCAGCAUGUCCUCGCGCCGCAACUCCCUCUGCCUCUCCGAGGACCUGCCCAGCUUCCCGCCGAGCAUGAGGGGCGGUGACAUAGCGGUCGAGGACGACGAGGAUGACGAGGAGCGGUCAGAGGAUCCCGCGGGGAGGGGCGGUGAAGGGGACACGAGCUGCGACUCCUCCGCCAUGAUGGACAGCGGCAGCGCCCCACAGCUUGUCAUGCCCAGCAUCAAGAUGCCGAGCCGACGGCCGUUCACCGACGAUGGCAAGCGCAUGGGCCGCCUGAAGGUGCUGAUUGCCGGCGACAGCGGCGUCGGCAAGACGUCACUUAUCAAAGCGAUCGUGCAGUCGUGCGAGCAUAUCGUGCACGUCGAUCCUAUUACGCCGUCGGCGCUGUUGAGCGCGUCUGCGAUGGGCAGGUCCACGCAGACUGCGGGAAGCGGUUCGCCGAUGUCGCGGAAGAGCCGGAAGCAGUCGGCUAGGGGAAGCCUUUCUGGGACGAGCCAGAUUACCGAGAUUUAUGCGAGCACGAAGCCGUAUCCGGAGUGGUGGUCCGAGGUGGACGAUGUUCCGGUGCUGAGGCGGAGGAAGAGUCUGGGAGAUGCGGUUCUGGAUCGGAAUGUCUGCUUCGUUGAUACCCCGGGGUACGGGAGCGGGUCAUCGUCCAUGGACACGAUCACGCCCGUGGCGCAGUAUAUCGAGGCCCAUUUGCAGCGGAUCAACUCUAACUUUCUCACCGAUGGUGAUCUCCUAAAUCUUCUAGGCGGAGAGGGCGGCGUCCAGGUUGACGCCGUGUUUUACCUGGUUUCGAACCGCCUCCGUCCCGUUGAUAUCGAGUACCUCCGCCAGCUCUACCCGCUCACGAAUAUCAUCAUUCUUCUCGCUCAGACCGACCUGAUGUCCCCCAACCAAGUCGCCGCCAGCAAGUCCCAAAUCCACAGCCAGCUCAAAGAAGCCAGCAUCCGCCUCUUCUCCUUCUCCCUCCCCGCGUCGGCAGACACCGACAACCAAGGCGUCUACGCCAUCUCCAGCGCCGCCGGGCCCGACCACGAGACCAUGGACGCCAGCCUGCUCAUGUCGCCAGACUACGUCCAGCCCCUCACACCCACCGAGCUCUCCGCCCUCGUAUCCGAAGUCUUCACACCCGCCGGCGUCGCCCGCCUCCGCCACGCCGUCGCGCGCAAAUACGUCCAGUGGCGCAAACCCGACUCCCCCAACCACACCCCCUCCCUUUUCUCCAACCCGCCCUCCCUAACAGGCAACCACGCCCUACCCCUCCACCUAACCAACCCCUUCACCUCCCCAACCUUCACCCCCACCACAGGCGGAGGACGACCACAAAACGACAUCCUCACCCCGGUCGGCACCAACACCAACACCAGCCCCGGAGGCGGCAGCGGCAUGGGCACGCCCUCGUCCAGCUACGCGCUCGCCCGCCUGGCCGACCACACCCAGCGCGAGGAGCGCCUCGCCCAGGUGCGCCUGGCCAACUGGGCCGCCGACCUCCAGCGCAGCCUGGCCCGCGAGCGCGAGCAGUACGCUGCCGUUGCUCGGAGGGAUCGGGCUGUUUGGCUGGCGGAGCGGUUGGGGGAGUGCGUGCGCGAUGAUGGUGGGGAGGGUGGUGGUGGUGAGGGUGAUGGUGUGGAGGGUGGGGGGCUGCCGGUUGUUGUUGCCGAUCAUCAUCGUCGCCAUCGGUCGCAUGGUCGGGAUGUGGCAAGAGGUCGUCGCCACGGCGGCCGGCGGGUGAGGGGUGGUAGUGGUGGUGAUGCGCUGGCUGAGCAGCUCGGUGCGUGGGGGUUGGGGUAUGGGCCGCUGGAGCAGCAGCAAGCCCAGGGCCAGGGCCAUAACCAGUGUCGGGAGCAUGGCGCCGGCGACGGCCAGUGCCAGCGCCACAGGCAGGAUCCGCUCGGGCUGCUGGAGGUGGCCGACGAGCUGCGCCAUCGCGGCUUGCUUGCGCUGGAGGUGCUGGGCAGCAUUGGCGUGCUGGGCGGGCUGGCCCUGUGGGUGACGAGGCAUUAUUUGCAUGUGCAGUCGCCGCCGGCGGGGUGGUUGCCGGGGGAGUGGGAGCGGUUUUGGUAUGGUGUGCGCUAGGGGUGGGG